GACAGGGGAUCAAAUUCAAGCGCCACCUAGUCCAAGAGAUGGUGGGGAUGUAUCUAUCACCCUUGAGCGGUCCAGGCUGGAAGAGAAGCAAAAGACGUGCACCUUUCUGUUCAUUUCUUGUGAGACGGAAAAAGUUGACGUGGAUGGGUAGCAUACUCCAUUUUUAUCCUCUCUAACUUUUACCUCCUAACUAAAAGAGGGAAAUAUCAUUCUCUUUUCUUUUAAUCCAAACAUGGAACGUGCUAUCAGUGGAGAUUCUCUCAUGGGAUUCUCCUUUCUUUGGAGAAUCAUUCCUUAUUUUGGUUAUCCUCUUUUAUGCGUUCCUUGGUCUCUUUUGGGGGAGGCCAAUGGGGUGUGGUUAAAAAAAAAUAUUUUUUGGAUCUUUGAAUAAACUGUGAACAGUGGGAAAGAAGGUGGCUAAAGGGUAGACUGAAGGUUAUAAGAAGACAAAAGUGUAGAAAAGCUUAGUUUAAAGUAAAUGCAUAGUAAGUCAAUAUAUUGUUGACUAAUAUUCUUGAUAAAUCUUCAUUGGGCGUUCAUAUUUACUUUUAAACUAAGCUUCAGCCUCUUACACCAUUCCUAAUUGAGACAAAAGUAGAUAGAGUAUAAACAGAAUAUUCAAAAGGUUAAAGCAUGAGAGAUCCUCAGUAAAAUUUUUGUUGUUGGUGUCGAUGAAUUUGCUUUACUCACUAUCUCAGUUUUACACAUAAGCUACAUGCAAGAUAAAAGAUAAAUCUGAUUGAGUAGUUAUGUUACUAAUUAUCCAAUAUGUGGUAGAGUGAGUGUUCAUGUAUUCUUAACUGGCUACCUGAAAUACAAAUAUCAACAGUUCAGGGCUGUCCUCUUCUCUCCCCUUCAUUUCUCCGCUUCUUUUCCAACUUCAUUUUUGAAGUUUGUCUACUGAGUUUUAUUUCUGAUCAGCAUGGAAGAGUGUUCGGUGGAUAUUGUAUUAUACUUCUCCAAUUACCUGUUUGGUUUCUCCUACUUCUUCUCUUGUUUUAUUAUUAAAUUCUCACAAGUAUGGACCUUCACUUGUGCAUUCAUCAGAACAUGCACUUUUCAGAUUUGAAAUGUUUAGACAUAGAUCAUAAAUUCAUAACUUGCAGCUUGCAUGUAGUACUGAAUUUAAUUCUGUAAUGAUGGGUUGAUCAAUGAAGCUUUGAAUGCUUUUUUAAUAGUCUCUUUUUUGUGAAUAUUGUUGAAGCCUACUGCUGUCAAGUCUGGGACAUUGAUGGGAGUCUUCGUGCCAUGCUUGCAAAAUAUUAUGGGAAUCAUCUAUUAUAUUAGAUUUUCUUGGAUUGUUGGUAUGGCUGGGAUUGGUGAGUCGUUGUUGCUGGUUGCUUUCUGUGGAUCUUGUACUUUCCUGACCACAAUAUCAUUAAGUGCUAUUGCUACCAAUGGUGCCAUGAAGGGUGGAGGACCUUACUAUCUCAUUGGUCGUGCUUUGGGUCCAGAAGUUGGUGUUAGCAUUGGGCUGUGUUUUUUUCUGGGAAAUGCAGUUGCUGGAGCAAUGUAUGUAUUGGGAGCUGUGGAAACCUUCUUAAAUGCUGUACCAGCUGCUGGUAUUUUUAAAGAAACUGUCACAAAAGUUAAUGGUACAGCUAUUGCGGAGCCCAUUACAAGGCCAAGUUUGCAUGAUCUGCAAAUUUAUGGGAUUGUCGUGACUAUUCUUCUCUGCUUCAUAGUUUUUGGUGGUGUAAAAAUGAUUAAUCGUGUCGCACCGGCAUUCCUUGUACCUGUUGUAUUCUCAUUGAUCUGCAUAUUCUCUGGCAUCCUUUUGGCAAGGCAUGAUCGUCCAGCAGUUGCGUUCACGGGGUUGAGUUCGGAAUCUUUCAAGGAGAACUGGGGUCCUGCUUAUCAGAGGACUAAUAAUGCUGGAAUUCCAGAUCCUAAUGGAAAAAUAUACUGGAAUUUCAAUGCAUUGGUAGGUCUCUUUUUUCCAGCUGUGACUGGAAUCAUGGCAGGUUCAAACCGUUCAGCGUCACUAAAGGAUACUCAACGUUCGAUUCCUGUUGGGACAUUAGCAGCAACUUUGACAACUAGCGGUUUAUAUCUAGUUUCAGUGCUAUUCUUUGGGUCCGUUGCAACUCGAGAUAAGCUCCUGACUGACAGGUUGUUGACUGCUACAAUUGCUUGGCCAUUUCCAGCAAUUGUUUAUAUCGGUAUCAUCCUUUCAACAUUGGGAGCAGCCCUUCAAAGCUUGACUGGUGCACCACGUCUCCUUGCUGCGAUUGCAAAUGAUGAUAUUCUACCAGUUCUCAACUAUUUUAAAGUGGUAGAUGGAAGUGAGCCUCAUGUGGCUACUUUCUUCACUGCCUUCAUCUGUAUUGGAUGUGUUGUAAUUGGGAAUCUGGAUCUUAUUUCACCAACUAUAACAAUGUUUUACCUCCUAUGCUAUGCUGGUGUGAACUUAUCCUGCUUCCUUCUAGAUCUGUUGGAUGCUCCCAGCUGGCGACCUCGGUGGAAAUUCCACCACUGGAGUUUCUCUCUUGUUGGAGCAUUACUUUGUAUAGUGAUCAUGUUUUUGAUUUCUUGGGCAUUCACUGUGGUAUCACUAGCCUUAGCAAGCCUCAUCUAUUAUUAUGUGAGUAUCAAGGGGAAAGCAGGAGACUGGGGUGAUGGUUUCAAGAGUGCAUAUUUUCAGCUUGCUCUUCGUAGUUUACGAUCUUUGGGAGCAAGUCAGGUACAUCCCAAAAAUUGGUACCCUAUCCCUCUCAUAUUUUGUCGUCCGUGGGGCAAGCUUCCAGAAAAUGUACCUUGCCAUCCUAAGCUUGCAGACUUUGCCAACUGUAUGAAGAAAAAAGGAAGAGGAAUGUCCAUCUUUAUUUCUAUUAUAGAUGGAGACUAUCAUGAACGUGCUGAGGAUGCCAAGACAGCUUGCAGGCAGCUAAGCACGUAUAUCGAUUACAAGCAAUGUGAAGGUGUAGCAGAAAUAGUUGUUGCUCCCAACAUGUCAGAGGGCUUUAGAGGCAUUGUUCAGACUAUGGGCCUUGGGAAUCUCAAGCCAAACAUAAUUGUUAUGCGGUACCCUGAGAUAUGGCGGCGUGAAAAUUUAACUGAAAUUCCUGCUACCUUUGUUGGAAUAAUAAAUGACUGCAUUGUUGCAAACAAGGCAGUAGUUAUAGUGAAGGGUCUCGAUGAAUGGCCUAAUGAGUAUCAAAGACAGUAUGGUACCAUUGAUUUAUACUGGAUAGUGAGAGAUGGUGGUCUUAUGCUGCUGCUCUCUCAACUGCUUCUCACAAAAGAGAGCUUUGAGGGCUGUAAGAUUCAGGUAUUCUGCAUUGCCGAGGAAGAUUCUGAUGCAGAGGGACUCAAGGCUGAUGUAAAAAAGUUUCUUUAUGACCUCCGGAUGCAAGCUGAAGUGAUUGUCAUUUCCAUGAAGUCAUGGGAAGGCCAAGGGGAGCAGCAAGAAUCCAUUGAAGCAUUUAGUGCUGCUCAGCGCAGAAUAGCUAGUUAUCUGGGAGAGAUGAAAGAGAGAGCGCAGAGGGACAAGACUCCUUUGAUGGCUGAUGGAAAGCCAGUGGUUGUCAACGAGCAACAAGUCGAGAAAUUCCUCUACACCACUUUGAAGCUGAAUUCGACAAUUCUAAAAUACUCGAGGAUGGCUGCAGUUGUGUUUGUAAGUCUACCUCCUCCUCCUGCCAAUCAUCCAGCAUUCUUCUACAUGGAAUACAUGGACCUGUUGGUUGAAAAUGUACCUAGGCUCUUGAUAGUUCGUGGAUAUCGUAGAGAUGUUGUCACUUUGUUUACAUAGGUGGUUCUGUUCAUCUUCCCUUUUACCUCCCCUCCGUUUGUUGCUUUAUUUCAAUAGUUUCAAUUCAAUUCGUUACCUUUUCUUCCUUUUUUCCCCUUCUUUUUUCUCCUCGAGGUGGGUGUACAAUAUAGUUUUUGUAAUCAUUAAUUCUUAUUAACAGGAUAUUUGAAGAAAGAAAAUUUUGUUGUUCAUGAAUCUCAAGGUGAUGAUUAGUCUUUUA